AUGGGACAAAUUAGUGAGAAUCUGAAACUGGCCCGUGAAUAUGCCUUGCUGGGAAACUACAGCUCAGCCAGUGUUCUCUAUCAUGGGCUGCUUGAACAAAUCAAAAAAUAUGUGUACACGGUGCGAGACAGCAGUUUCCAGCAGAGGUGGCAGCAGCUGUGGCAGGAAAUCAUCGAAGAGAAUCAACAAGUUCAGGACAUAAUGUCAACUCUGGGGAACUUUCAGUUGGACACGGCUCCUGUUAAACCCAGUAACCACGAUGAUUUUGAAAUGAGACCUUUGCAUGUGGAACAGAGACACUCUCCCUGUCCUGUCAGACGUCCUACCAACCCCCAUAAAGACAGCAAACCUGCAAACAACCGCCUGAGCGUGGCUGUGAAGGCCCAGCAGAGGCACCUGCCCCAAGGGGCCAACGGCGACAGAGGCAGACCUUCCAAGGGUAAAGAAAAGAAGGAACCAAAGGAGGCUGCUGGCAAAGCAAAGGAUGAUAAGAAUAAAUCAGAUGUCCAGGAGAAAGAAGCAAAGAGGUUUGAUGGGGCAGGAUAUGAUAAAGACCCCGUGGAAGCUCUGGAGAGGGAUAUUAUAUCUCAAAAUCCAAAUAUUAAAUGGGAUGACAUCGCAGACUUGGAAGAUGCAAAAAAACUGCUGAAAGAAGCAGUUGUGUUGCCGAUGUGGAUGCCAGCGUUUUUUAAAGGAAUUAGACGACCCUGGAAGGGUGCACUUAUGGUGGGACCUCCUGGCACGGGGAAAACACUUCUGGCUAAAGCAGUCACUACCGAAUGUAGAACCACGUUCUUCAAUGUUUCCUCAUCAACUCUGACCUCUAAGUACAGAGGAGAGUCUGAGAAACUAGUUCGCCUUCUCUUUGAAAUGGCACGUUUUUAUGCUCCCACCAUGAUCUUCAUUGAUGAAAUUGACUCAAUGUGCAGCCGCAGAGGGUUUCUCACCUGGAUCCUGUAAUGUAUUCAGGAAUUGAGCAAACAACUCCUCUCCAUCUUGUACUGUGGCAAAAGCAGAAUCCAACACUUUUAAAUAGAUGGAUGGAAUUGUGUUUGAGCCCAGCCCUUUUACAACAUCUGCUGCCGGAGGUAGCAAACUUUCAAGGAUGCGACGAGUGAUCUGUAGAGGUGCUAAAUUUGGAUCUGCCAACAGCAGUUCCAUGUGAGAUCUCCAGGUCUCAUAAUCAGUUUCGUUGGCUGGUUUGGGAAUCUUCCCAGAGAAAGGACGAAGUCUGAAUGCAGGUACGGUGUCUGUUUUUACGACAUGCUCCACCACUACCUUUUGUAUUUCCGGGGGGUUCAUUUCAGUCUGCGACAGUGAAAAUCUUUGUGGCUGUGGCAGUGACCCCUGUUGGUCAGGUGAGGGAUUGCUGGUAGCUGUCUCAGGGAUUGCGGAGUGUCCAGACAACGACCCCUGCUGGCCAGGCAGAGAUGGUGCAGGCUCCACGAUUUGGACUGAGGCUCCCUCUUCUAAGUCACUGUCCUGUUCCAUUCCUUCCAGAU